GCAACUCUCGACAGGGGUGAAGACUCUGGCCUGAGGGAUACCAGCGCGGCACGGCGGUGAGCUAGUGAGCAGCCGCCAGUAGAAAACUCCAGUCUGGUGCGCGAGGUAGUGUGUGCUGGCUUUGCUCCCCACACCACUUUCACCACACCACACAGAAGUGAUACGCUUCACACCAGCAGACAGACAGGCAGACAGACAGACAGGGGCACACGCAGCACCAGCCAACCUGCCGCUGAGGACUCACUAAAGGAACUUGCUAAAUAAUGUCUAAGUACGAGCCUUCAAAUCAAACUGACAAGAGCUACGACAACCCAGGAUUCCUACACGACUCCAAUGGCACGACCACCAUAGACCUGAGGGACGUGGAGGAGGGGAAGCCGCGACAGGAGGAGGAGGAGAAAGGCGAUGUAGUGAGUGCCGUAAACCCGCAUCCGUCAGCGAAGGAAGCAAACGGACCGGCCAUGUCGUACGCGAUCAAAAUGGACCAGCCGAAUGAGAGAAACACGUCGAGGGAAAGCACUCCAGGAUCCGAGGACGUGCCGCAGGUUGAGGAGGACGACGACGAGGAGGACUACAGCAUCUGCAGCCUCUUUCCCGGCCACGCUGCGCUCAAGGAGAGGAUUCAAACGCUCUUCAAGGGCAGGGACUUAGGAACGCUAAUGAAGAAGGUGGUCGUCUCCCUGCUGGCGGUUCUCUACAUCAUCUACUUCAUAGCGGUGCUCAUCAUCCACUCGGACAUUCAGGAAGAAAACUACUGGUGUAACGGUGACGGGUUCCUCAUCCUCAUCACCCUCAUCUUGGGAGCGGGCCUGUUCUACUUCAAGGUGGUGAAGGUGCUGUGGGGCGAUUUCCUCUACCAGCACGUCGUUCUCUUCGUCAGCAAGAUAUUCUCCAGGAUGUUCCGCUACAGAUUCUUAUCAUGGGGCGGCUACCUAGUGUUGGUUCUGACCGCGGUGAUCUUCGUCAUCGCGGACUCCUGGCAUGAGCCGCACCGCCUCAUCUCACUCUUCGGCAUAGUGGUCCUGCUCCUCUUCGGCUUCGUCUUCUCCACCGCCCCACGCAAGGUGAGGUGGAGACACGUGGCCUGGGGCAUGGCGCUGCAGUUCAUCCUCGGGAUGAUGAUUCUCCGAUGGCCGUUGGGCAAGAGUGUGUUCAAGUGUGCCGGGGACAAGGUGUCGGCCUUCCUCGCCUUCACUGACGCCGGUUCCGGGUUUGUCUUCGGGAAAAUCGUUACGCAGGAUCACAUUUUUGCUUUCCAAGUUCUGUCAGUGAUCUUGUUCUUCAGCUUUUGCAUCCAGAUCCUGUACUAUUACGGGGUGAUGCAGUGGGUGGUGCUCAAGCUGGGCUGGUUCCUGCAAAUCACCAUCGGCACCACCGCCUGCGAGAGUGUCAACGCCGCCGCCAACAUCUUCCUGGGUCAGACGGAGGCGCCGCUGCUCAUCAAGCCGUACCUUCCUGACAUGACCAAGUCUGAAUUGCACGCCGUCAUGACAGGAGGAUUCGCCACCAUCGCCGGUUCGGUCCUCGCCGCCUACAUCUCCUUCAAAGUGGACGCUUCUCAUCUUCUGUCUGCGUCAGUCAUGAGUGCUCCGGCAGCCCUUGCCUUCGCCAAACUUUUCUACCCUGAGACCAAGCAGACCAAGACUAGCUUCAGGGACAUCCGUAUUACACAAGGAGGCGAGGCUAAUUUGUUGCACGCCGCUAUGGUGGGAGUCACCAACGCCAUCCCGCUCGUAGCCAACAUCGCCGCCAAUCUUAUCGCCUUCUACGCCUUCAUCUCAUUCUGCAGUAGCAUCUUGAACUGGGGCUGCACGUUGGCGGGCGCUGAAAGGGACGUGUGCACCCUCGAGAGCCUUUUCGGCUGGAUGUUCAUGCCGCUGGCGUGGGUGAUGGGCGUGGAGUGGUCGCAGUGUGGCCUGGUGGGUGAGCUGAUCGGCCUCAAGACCAUUGUGAACGAGUUUGUCGCCUACGCCAGGCUGAGAGACAUGAAGGAAGCCGGCAUGCUCACGAAACGCGCGGAGAUCAUUGCCACGUACGCACUGUGUGGUUUCAGCAACAUCAGUUCUAUUGGCAUUAACUUGGGAGGCUUCGGGGCCAUGGCACCCUCCAGACGCGCUGACAUGGCCAAGGUUGUGGUGCGGGCCAUGAUCGCCGGCAGUUGUGCCUGCUUUCUCACUGCCUGUAUUGCCGGCACGCUGGUGAGGGACGACUUUGUCACUGUGGCCUCUAAUGUUACUCUUGAUGCCAUCUAGACGCCGCUGCAACACAGUACUUCGCGCUGAAAUCAAAUACUCGCCAAGCCAAACACACACCUGGAUCACAUUCACCUCCCAUUCACCUCAGUCUUCACUGCACCACACUCUCUCUAUCGCAUAAUGUGUACAUAGUUAAAGAUCUGCCCGGUUGUGUACCCACAUUUUUUUCAAAUAUUUAUGCACUAAUUUCAUUGUUGAUGUUGUGAUUUUGUAUUUGCAUACAUUGAAUACUGGAGAUUGUUUAACAUCAUUGACAUAUUUUGGCAAGCAGCAGUCUUGCAUUAAAACAUAUAACAGAAUACAACAACCACUGGAAGCACGUCUGUGUAACAUGAAUGUCUCCGCCACGCAAAAUGCACCCUGCCAGCCCCUGCCCGGAGGCUGCUGGUGAGUGGCGGCUGGGAGUAGUAUACUACAGUACAUAGACCGCCACAUUCAUGUCUAGUACAAAUAUAUAAUCUUCCUGAACAAACAUGUACAGUAUAAGUUUACUUUUUUCCGGUGGUUGAGUGGGGAGGAAUGCUGUUACAAAUUUGUGAUGAGUUCUGCAUUUGGUGUUGGUGCAGUGAUAAUCCUGAACCUUGACAGGGAAGCGAAUCAGCCAGCCCCGCGGCGUCAUGACACACAUCAAGAAGUCAUGGAGCUGCCCACGCACUGCUCUCAUAACUGUCUCAUCAAAAUAUGUGGUGCUAAUCAUUUUUACCUUUCAUUCUGAUAUUGUAAAUAUUUAUGUAAAUAUAGUCGUAGUUUUUAGAAUUUCUCAGACGAUGUCAAUAUUACAUAUAAAUGCAUUAUCAUAUUUUAUAUAUCAAGGAAAUAUUUAUAAAUAAAAUCUACUUUCAUUUA